AGAACAGUCAUUUUCUCCGUCGGCAACGUUAAGGGUUAGACUAUAAUCCAAAAUCGGUCUGACUAUCAAACGAAGAGAAAAGGAUACUUCCGAGGAUGCUUCCAAGUCAACGGCCGAGUCCUUGAAAUAGCUUAUUGAAAGCCCAAAGUUCUCCACACUCUCUCUCUCUCCUCAUUCUCCACUAUUGUCUUUAAUUCGUUCUAAUUGUUUACCAUCUCCACAUACGUGCAGGAUCAUUACGCUUCCAAUCCCUCCCACCAACAAGAAGAACAGGAACAUGAUGAAGACAGAAGAAGCUAAGGAGUAUAUUAAGCAGAUUCGGGAAGAAUAUAAUUACUACCAGAUCCACUAUAACGCCAAGAAGACAUAUGGACGAAUUGUGAGAAUUCUGGAUCGGGUACUUGCUAUUCUGGAACAACCAGAAUUGAUGGAAGCAGCUGAGACUUUUGCGACUGAGGCGUUGGAACUCACUCGAGUAGUGGAUUCUCUCUGCUAUCCUUUUUCUAACAAAAGGACGGAAAAGCCCUUUUUCCCUCGUGCCUCGCCUUCCGCUGUGGACGACUUCAUCAUCAGCUUUAACCCCAUUGAGACACGGUUCGAAAAGCUCAUCGCAAACAGAGCAGCUACCCUUGAGCAGUGGCAUAUUCAGGAAUUGCUUGAUGUUUUUAGCAUGGUUGACCAAUUUGACUCCGGAAAGAAUCCUGCUCAACGCUUUAGAAUACUGAGUCAGGUUCUUGCCAAUAUUCUGGAACUACGAGAAGAAGUGGGAGCAGCUGAGACUUUUGCGAUUCAGGCGUUUGAGCUCACCCGAAAAGUGGUUGAUCUCUGGCAUAAAUUAUGUCUAGAGACGGGGCGAGAUUUCAUUUCGCCGUCCGAUGUACGCGGCUUCUGUAUUCGCAUUGAGCCCAUUGAGGAUCAGAUCAAAGACCUCAUUUGUAGGGAAACUGGAAUUGGUCCACCUAUGGGACACGAUGGGCCACUUGUUGGCUUAGAGGAAGAUGUGCAGCUUCUUACUGCACAAUUGGUCACAGACAAUGCAGACCGCGGGGUGGUAUCAAUUGUUGGGAGACAAAGUAUAGGGAAAACAACUCUUGCCCAGAAGGUCUACGACAGUGCCGUUGUGCACAAACAUUUUGAUUGCCAUGCCUGGGUGAGCGUACAUCAGGACCUAGAUAUCAGAUCAGUUCAACUAAAAAUAGCGGUGCAAGUUAUUCCGUUCAAAAAACUGGACAAAACAAGGCCCGUGGAGGAGCUGUUAGCCGAAUUCUUGGUGCGUAAUAAAUAUCUCAUAGUUUUGGAUGACAUACAGACACCUGAAGACUGGACUAUCCUUGAACAAAGACUACCAGUCGGAUCUUCCGGUGGUAGAAUCAUGAUCACGACUUGCAACAGGAAGCUAUUAGUACAUGAUGACCCAUAUUUUGUUCUUGAAAAGCAGGCAUUAAGUGAUGAAGAGGGCUGGGAGUUAUUCAAUGCCAGGGUAGGUUCUAGUAUCCCUACUGAGUUGGAAGACAUUGGGAGAGAAAUUGUGAUGAAGUGCACGGGCUUGCCUUUGAUCAUUUGUGAAUGGGCAGACAAAUUAUCAAAGAGAGAAGCCACCAAGGAGCAGUGGUAUUUCGCAGUAGAGGAGAUUAAUCAAGACCAAAAACUACUGUACCGCACCUUAAAAGAUGCUGCUGAUAAGUUAGACCCAAAUUCAAAGAAAUGCCUUUUUUGUUUUGAUCUUUUCCGUCAAGACUAUGAAGUUCCAGUGAGAAGAGUGAUUGCAUAUUUGGUUGCCGAAGAAUCUGUUCAGGAAAAAACAGACACAAUAGAACCACCAGAACGUGUUGCUAAGGAGCUUCUAAUGAAAUUAGUAGAACAAAACUUGAUCACGGUGGCAAAUAAGAAGCUCGGCAAAGCAAAAACAUGUCGUAUACACCAUCUCUUGAGGGAUAAUUGGUUGUCAAAAGCCAAGGAAGCUAACUCUAGUCCUGUUAACAGCAAAGGAGCUGCCUCUAAGUCUUCCUGCAGCACAGGUAUGGUCCUCCGACUAGCUGAUCAUCUUGACAACGAGGAUGAGUGUUUCCCACACAUUCAUGGCAACAAUACCAAAAGUAGUUCCUUAAAAAAAAAUUAUCGAGAGCUCCAUUCCUUUAUAUCCUUUGAUUCUCGUGAAGGGCCUCUACCUGGAGAAGAAAUAGGCAACUUUUUUCAUAAAUGCAUUGCUGUGGGAUGUUUCAAGAAGUUGCGAGUAGUUGAUCUUGAAGGUGUAUUUCGGCCUAAAUUACCUGAAUCCAUAGGGAAAUUGACUCAGCUGAGGUAUCUGGGCUUGAGAUGGACUUAUUUACAAGCACUUCCUUCAUCAGUAGGCAAGUUGUUGAACAUUCAAACACUAGAUUUAAAGCGCACUUACAUCAGCAGCCUCCCCGCUUCCUUGUGGAAGUUGCAACAACUACGUCAUCUAUACUUGAGUGAAUUUUUUCGUUGCAGAUUUGUGCCUCCACCAAAGAACUGCAUGCUAAUGGACCUCCAAACAUUAUGGGGAGCAUAUGUGAAUGAAGAGACCCCAAUCAAAGAUGGUUUGGACCGGUUGACAAAUCUUAGAAAGUUAGGCCUAGCAUUUAGAUUAACUCUUUCAGAGCAGAAAUCACUGGUGGACUGGAUUGCGAAACUGAACGACCUCGAAUCGUUAAGGUUGAGAUCACUUGAUGUUGAACAUUCAGACAUAUGCUUAGAGCCAUUGUCAGACAUCAAGAAGCUUUCGAGCAUAUAUUUGGUUGGAAAGUUAGUGAAUCCAGAUAUCGUGCACCACUUCCCUGAAAGUCUUACUGAGAUUACCUUGUCUUUGUCAGGACUAAGAGGAGAUCCUAUGCCUAACUUGGAAAAACUUCCAGAUUUAAGGAUCCUUAGAUUACAUGCAGGCUCGUAUUGUGGGAGAAAAAUGGUUUGUUCUUCUAGAGGCUUUCCUCUACUUCGCAUCUUGAAACUUUGGAAGCUAGAGGAAUUGGAAGAGUGGACAGUGGAGGAAGGAGCUCUGACAAUUCUAAAAGAAGUAGAGAUUAGAUCCUGCAAUAAAUUGGAAAUGAUUCCAGAUGGGUUGAAACACCUGCUUCACUGUCGUGAAUUAAUUAUAACAAAUAUGCCUGACGAAUUCAAAGCAAGGAUUACUGAAAGUCAGGGGAAAGAUUGGCAUAAGAUUGCACAUGUACCUUCCAUCAUUGUGAGAGAUUUAUAUUGCAAAACAACUGGUCUUGCCCGUGUGAGCGGAAUGUGAUAUUUCUCGACAUCUAAACUAGGCUUUGGGGCCAGCACGCUCGGAGGAGAUAGCGAAGGAUAUUCAUUCUAAUCUCCUGUUCAGUAUCAACCAUUGGUUCUACUUUUGAAUAUCAUGUCGUGUUUCUCUGGUCAUUAGUUUACUUCUUGAUCUUUUGUUAACACGUCCAAAAUUGCUUAUGUUACCUACAAGAAAUGGCUUGACUCUUGAGUAUGUGGUAGUGAAAAGUGUGUUUCUUACAAUUUUUUUUAAUAAAACAAGUUGCUUGUUUGAUAGGACAACCUUUUGUCCUCUUUGUUUUGUAGAAUUUUGCUUCAGUUGCCUU